AUGGAACCCCAAAUUGGGUCAUUCUGUUUGCAGGCAGCCGAUGCUGGUGGUGACAUUGUGCAGGUCCACACCGAUGAACAGGUGUGGUACAAUCGAGAGCAGCCUGAUUCGUCAGGAAGCAACGAACUCACGAACGCAUUAUUUUCAGAAUGCAGACGUUUGAGGACACUAGGUCAAGGAAAAGUAGGUGUGUCCGUUUGGCCACAGUGGCUGGCGUCAGUCGCUCCGCCGCCGUGGCAAACUAUGGCAUUCACACCUGAGUCACUUCUGCGUUUAUCCAAGCCGCCAACAAGCCUCGCGGCGCUAGAGUCCCCGGACCCAUGGCACUGUGGACAGCAUCCAACUAGCGAAGACCAGCGGCCUAAAACGUCACGAAUGGACUCUGCCCCCAAUUUGGAUACGCCUGCCUGUGGGUCGGGGCAGGUGAUUGACAUUCUCCGUACAGCUCGAUCCCGGGCACUCGAAAGCGGCCAGUCGGACUCUAGCUCUCUUUUGCGAUAUCGUGAUACAGGCCAGUCACGUACACCACGUCAGAGGAAGUCUUCAACAGGCAAACCCGGUGGUCCCGUCCCUUGCGACGCAGCCAUGGAACAUAAUUCCAAUGGUGCCCGGUCGCGGGACGCUGCUGUCCUGGUGGGUGAGGAAUGCCAGCUGCCGGAGCCUGUUGUUCUCCUCUCUGCAGUGGCCCCCAUAUUGAGUAGCGUAGGGCCUCCUUCAAUGUCCGACACGUUGUCUGAGAGCAGUUCUACAAACACUGGGCAGGUUCCGCGUGGCUUCAUAUCUUCAGUGGAUCCUGGAGAUACCCACGCGAUGGAGUCGGUGUCUUCUGCGGGACCAGCCUCAGUGGUGCAGUCGUCAGUCGCUGCUGGUACGCGCCGAUUAAUCCAAAGUUCAUUAAGGAACAAAUCUUAUGUCACAGAACGGUCACGUUCGCCAGACGUCCCCUUCGACGUCAAAACUGGUUUUGGUAAGCAGAGCUGUUCACAGUUCGCACAUGACUCUGUCUCCCUUACGCUGUCUAAUUCAGCUCCAUUAGACUGGAGGGACUUGCGUAGGCAGGUAACCCAGGAGCUUUUCUGUUCGCCAGAGAGAACGCUUCCCACGCCAGGGACUAUCGUGGAACAUCAACAGCAAAUAAAUGAGAAUGGGACUGGAAUUCGGAGAUUUUACCCCUCAUCAGUUACUGGCAAUGCAACGGUAGAAGCAGCACAUACUUUGGUGUCACGACCACAUAUGAACGGCCACUGCUGGAAAAGGGCGAGGCCUUCUGCAGGCUACGGCAGUCUCGAUACGAAGACCUCCAGUGGCGUGUCCAUGGACGAGGACUACAUCCGUCACGCGAGGAUAUUAGCGAGGACCCGUGCAGCACCUGUGGCCGAUUCACCUGAUUACGAGGCACGGUUACUGAAUGCAGAACGUCAUGACCGUUCAACAGAAUAUCAGAGGCUUGUGUCAACACAAAUGAGGUCUGUUCUUCAGAGACAAAGGUGCGGUGAGAGUAUCACUCCUCCUGCCGGCUUCAGCAACGCACCAGCUCCGCCUCCCCGCCCUUUGCGUUCUUUCAACUCCGUGCCAGCGACUCAGUGCGUCUGGCGCACAGGAGGGUUGAGACGCAUCAACUGGGGUCCCUGGCGGUCUCAUGGUUACGACCCAUUCCCUCAUGAAGAUGUAGAUGUCACUGAACCAUUGAAAAGCAUUCCGGCGUUUUUUCAUUCCUCCAAUUCGAGACAACGCCAGGGGAGUGAUCAUUUUGUGGGACAUCCAAAUGAGCACAUUGCUAGCAGCGGUGAAUUUUCAAAGGGCGGACUUCCUUCCAAUGCCGUGGAAACAUCCAAGCACAGAAGUGAGAAGAAUCUUCUGCCGCUGGCUCCGUUCCACCCGCAGUGCGACAUAACAGGGUACACAGCACCACGAUCGCCGGCAUCUGGCAGACCUCGGAGUUGCUCGGUGCAGGAGGCAACCGCCGUCCACCGUUACCAGAGAGCCAACAUGCAUUUACGUAAGCAGCAGCGGUUCGAUCCACCGACGUCUCACGCCGUUGCGGAGCGCCCACAUCAGGCGUCCCAGCGCGAAUCUAUGUCCGGCAAAGGGAUUCGACCCUUACGAGCUGCAGGGGUUCCGAAUGUGUACCAGUCUACACGUCAAAGCCAUCAAGGAGUGAAAACUCACCGACAUCCUGGACCUCAGAAUCAGGUGCAAGGCGUCCAGUUGUUAGAGAGCGAAACACGAAAGUCUUCGGAGGCGGCACGUACAUCGACGGGAGAAGGACUAGCGGACAAAGCCAAAGCGCAACAGAGACGCUGCCGAACGUUCAUACUCAGGUCUGUACUCAGGCGUGCCAGAGCUUUGAAUCCAAAAGCAACCCAUUUGAAGGUGUUUCUGGUAAACUGCGGAGCGACGUCGCGUGUCCAAGGAGGUGCUGAUACAGGGUGGUCGGGCCCUGCAAGCACAGCGCUAGAGAUAGGUGAACGCAUCGCAGCAUCUUGUAUCUCCUCAUCGGAGUUGGCCCCUGGCGGCUCGCCGGCUGCCUAUGCCAGCGAAAAGCCUUUAACAGUUGAAGAUCUGGGAUCCGCCAGAAGUGGGCAAACGCAGCCGUGGAAAGAUGUAUAUGACCAAGGCAAUUUGAAAUCAUGGGGAGAGGCAAACCACAUUGAAUCUCAUACGAGGCGUGUGCCUGACCUCUCGUUUCCGGAUGCUUUCUCGUUUGUGCCGACCCUACCAUCUGGCGUAUCGACUCAACCCGAUAGUCGAAGAUCACAGGAAGACUACUCUUGGGUUGACCACGGCGCAAUAGAGAACAUCAGCACUGUCUCGCCUUCCGGUUGCCCAAUGGAAGCACAAGAACGUCUUGUUGAAGUGCUCAGCAAAGAAGGGCAAAAACAAGCAAUCGCAGCAGCCAAGCUUCUUCGUCCCAUGCGGUUCACUAUGAUCUAUUGCAGCGACGACACAGCAUGUCAGGUAUGCCUAUAG